UAUUCUACAUAAUAUUUUUUUUCAGUUCCCCCUCAUCAAGAUUCCACAUUUCUGUACUCUGAACCUCCAACGUGCUUCGGAAUUUGGCUACCUUUAGAAGAUGCUACCAUUAAAAAUGGCUGCCUUUGGUUUCUUCCGGGAUCUCAUAAACACGGUAUAUACCGGAGAUACGUACGAAAUCCUGAGAAAGAACCUUUCAUGAUCAUGAAAGGAGAAAUACCAGAACACGAUCAGAGCAAAUAUGUUCCAGUACCUGCAAAGAAAGGUGACUGUGUCCUGAUUCAUGGUUCGGUCCUGCACAAAAGUAACAGAAACCAUACCGAUAAGGCUCGCGUUGCUUAUACCUUUCACGUCAUUGAGAAAGAUUCAGAAUGGAGCAAAGACAACUGGUUGCAGCCAACUGAGAGACUACCUUUUCCAUCUGUCUAUGCCAAUUAGAAAUUAUAUUGAAAUAUUUCAAUCCUACUCACAAAUAUCGUUGAAAAACCAUGACUUUUUAAAGCUUAUACUUUUAAUGCUUAUUUUUUAAUCCUUACUGUAUGUUAUGAAAAAUUUAGAAUAAUACUGUAUUACGAAAAAUAAAACUUUUCUAGUAAA